GCCUACGAUAACACCCAAAACUUGAAAAUGGCAACAAUCACAACAGGAAUUUACAGACAUUUAAAGGACAGGACAAGGUCAGUAGGGGAUAAGCUGAAAUUGACAAAACUGGUAUGGAAAUCACACAGGAUAUUUUUACAGAAUAAAGAGCAAGUUCUCAUAGACUUCCUAACUGGUUUGAUUUUCAAUAAGAAAAGGUUCAAAGUAUCGGAGGAAGAUGCCUGUAACAUUUGGAGAACUCUGUGUGAAUUAUUUCAAUCAACUCUAUCGGGAAAAUCGUCAAAAAUUAUUAUCAUCAAACCAUCAAUUUGUCAGGUUAUAAACGACAACAUCCACCAACCGUGUGACUAUCACCAUUAUGUCGUUGAGUGUUGUCUUCAUCUUCUUCAGUCACCGUCGCUAUCUCAUGUUUACAACAAAUAUGAACAGCUGAGUACUUUACUGUGCAAUAUAUUAAAACUUAUAGUGAGAUCUGACAGUGUUGAUGAUAUUGAUGAUUCUCAAUGGAAACUGCUGAUGAUUAUUCUACCUAAAUACCUGCAAGUUCAAAGGUCACAUCCUAACCAGAAAUUGGUUUUUCAGAAUACAACUGAUAAAUUAUUAACCCCGACCUUACUGUUGUGGAAUCAGACAAGACAAACUUCUCAUGAGGACAUUGGUGAUGAAGCCUUGAAAGUUAUAAACACUGCUAUUUUUAACAAGGAUCAUGCCAGUAGUUAUUCUGUAUUUUUACAAAGUAUAAAAUCUGAUAGUGCAGACACUACACAGCCUCCUAAAUAUAUAGAAAAUUUCUUCACUGCUUUAUCUAGUGGACUAAGUAACAAGACUUCACAGACUGGUGUAUCUGUAGAGAGACUAAGAGCAUCAGUACUAAGUUACAUACCAGUGUAUUACACAGGCUUCAUACACAGUAAUAAAAUUACAGAUGGUAGCACAGCAAAAGACAUCUUUGUCUAUAUAUGUAAAUUAUUGGAUGUAGACUUACAAGCAUCAAAAAGCAUAGAGCAAAACAGCAUGGAAUAUAGAGGUCAACAUGAUGUAUUUGAGGUCAUUGGGAGUUUAUUGAAAGCAUCACAUGAUUUAGAUUUGUAUGACAGAUCACAUGACCCAGUAUACAGACAGCUAAUACAGAUUCUGCUUACAUGUGACAGGUCCAGAGGAUAUUUCACAUGCAUUAUCAGUCUUUUAAAACUUAAUCACCUCAUAGUUGAAGCCCAACUGGAAAAAAUACUAUUAAAUAAUGGUUUAGGGGAUAUUCAGGAUAUUGAGAGACUCGACGAGUUAAUGGUAGAAUUGGUUCAGUUGUAUGCCAAACUGAGACAGAUGGAGAAAUUUAUUACUAAAUUAGUGAACGUUAUAACCUCAGGAAGUGUCAAUACACGAGGUUUACUUACUAAAGGAUUCUGUCAUAGACUAGGCUUAGAAGUGGAAAUGUUACCACAAGGAACAGCAGUGGAGAUAUGGCAAAUAUUAGUGCAGAACUUAGAAGAUCACUUCUUGUCUCCUUUAUCAAAAGAUUCAAACUUUCAGUUGACAGAGCAGUUUGAAACUUUUGUGCAGCUUAUGACCUUGUACAUGUCUAAUACCAAGUUAGUAGAUUACACCAUAACUGAUAUCAACAAAAGGAAGGUCAAGGAUCUAAUGGUUACCAUGGCAAAACAGUUAGAAAAGGCAGUUCAUGUAUGCCUUACUUCAAAAUCUAAGGUCAAAGAUUAUCUUUUCCCUGUGAUGCUGUUAAUGAACACCUGGGGAGAUACACACCUGUUGAUGUGUCAGUACACACUACACACACAUAUUAGUAGUGUGGAAUCAUUAGAUUUUCCGUGUACAAUAUCAGCUGUUUACCACUUCCUUACACCUGACAUGGCGGACAAAUUGUGGAAGAUGGCGUCAUCAUCUUACCAACUUCAGUACUUAUGGGAUUUAUUCAUAGUUCAAACUCUAAAGGCCCUAUGGAUUAGCAAUACAAAGAGGAACCAUAUUGUAGAAAUGUGGAAUAUAACAGUGCCUGCUAAUGGUCAGUGUUCAUGGAAUCAACAGGUAGCAGAUAUCAAUGAUAGAAAUUACACAAUUGCCAAGUGGAAAGUUUUUACAGAUAACUUUGCCCUCUAUGCUACUGAUCUGUCUAACAUACAGCUUGAGACCUGUGCUAGUUUUAUCACCAACACUGUGUGUGAGGAGAUUGACUCAAAUGAACACCUAACAUUCAGCAGCAUAACAAAACAUUUUCUUGGAUGCAAUGCUAUAAAAGAACACAAAGGUCUUAUAACAGCUUUGAUUUCUGAUGUCUGGAGCAAGAUGGACCAUUAUAUCAAGCUUAAAUUUAAAAAGAAGUCUUCUUCAGCUGAAUCAUUAAAAGACCUCUUCCCAGUACUUGGAGACAAGGCAUGGCUUCAGAAAGACAAAAGUUUUAUAGAGAAGAUAGAUUUGAAUGUUGCGGUCAAGAAAGCUUUGACUGGUACUGCCCUAAACCUAGAUUUCAUAGAGACAUUUUCUGGACAUCUUCAUAUAUUGUCUUCUUUACCCCUCCCUUUCCUAGAACCACUGGAUCAAGCCAGGUUGUUUGUCGGAUUGAUGGUUGUAUGUUACCAUGGAAACAAUGAACUGAAAAAGAAGUGCUUGCCACUACUUACUUGCCUUGUAGAAUCUUCAUCCAGUAUAUUAAAGAUAGUGGAAUUAAAUAUAUUACUCAGUGCUGUAUUUGGUUUAUAUGUUCAUCAGAACUGUCAGAGUCUAGCAGAGAAUAUUGAAUUCUUCAUAACAACAUUUUUCAAGUCAGUUUGUAAAGAAGGCAUUCUAUUAGAGAGAUUGGAGGACUUUGUUAUACAGAUGAGAAGUGAUAUUGCAAACUUAGAAAAAGAACUUAAGAAAAGUCCAUCAGUGGAAAGGUCACAAGAAGCCAGAUUACAGUUGGUCAGUUUAUUGGUUCAGCAGUUCAAUAUGGUAAUACAAAGACCCUAUGUCAGAGAGGAUAUUUUAUCCCUGAGUAAGAAAUAUGUGAUGGCUUUAUCGGAACCAGUCUUUGAUUUGUUGUGUGCAGUAAGAAAAACAUCAGACAAGGAUCCAGUUAUUCCACCUGUUACCCACAUGUUUUCAGCUCUUGCUCAGCAGAGUGGAAAGCAAGACAAAAAGCUUCUGAAAAAUUCAGAAUUUCUAGUGCAGUGGUCCAUAGACCAGUUACGCUGCAACCAGACCAGCCCUAAAUUGAAUGCUGCAGUCAGAUUUUUAAAGGAAUCAUGUAAACUUAAAGAUACUGUUGUAUUAUCCCUUGAAGUAAAGACAACAAUGUUGGACAGAGCAUUUAUCUUACUGCAGCAAUAUCUACACAACAAAGUAAAGAAUGACCUUGAUAUGAGUACACACGACCUUUGUGAAGAGUUAUUGUCCCUGGUAUCAUCAGUCAUUGUAUCAUGUGACAUACAAGAUUUUAAGGAACUGCUCUGUAAUUUAGAGCAGUCACUGAACAUAGAUAUAUCAGUAACCGAGGCAGACCAGGUAACAGUAUGUAUGUAUAUAUGGUACCAUCUGUUGUCCUGUUGUAUGUCAGAGGAACAAAGCACAUGUUUUAUGCAGUCUAUUCAUAACGUGACAGGAUAUUUAACUAGCAUUGCACAACAGUUAUCUGUCCUAGAAGGAAAAAGCUGUACGGGAAAACUUUUAUGUGAUUUACAACAUCAGAUUAUGGUUAUGUGUCCACUCACCAAACAGAUGAUACUGAACAUCCUAGGAAGUAUUUUAUUAGUACCUGUUACCAUGGAAACAUUUCCAUCCAUGUAUGAAAUACUGAACGAAGCUUUACUGAACCAUGUCAAUACAGUGUUUGACAUAAUACCAGUGUUCUUAAACUGUUCUAAACGUUUACUCUUUUGGUUAAUCAAGGAAGGUGACCAGGAUGUUUUAUCUCAAAAGCCAAAUGUAACAACAGAUUUGAUUGGCUGUAUCCAUAUGAUUGACAGAUUAUUUACGUUAAUAUCAACACACAAAGAAGAGUUUAGUAAAGUAGCAGUAUAUGUUGUAGCCGAUUAUGUUGACCAUGUUCACCAACACACACUACUACCAGUUGUUAAGAAAGCACUGGUUUCAGCAAUAUACAAACUUUUGGAUAUCAGUGACAAGCAUGUACUAGCACAGCUCCACACAGUACUAAACCAGGGAGUCAAGGAGGUGUUUAAAGGACUUUAUAGUGACUAUUCAAACUUCUAUAAGUAUACUGGUCGAGUGUAAUACACAAGAACAUGAUGUAUGAUUGCAUUAUAUUGAAAUGUACACUCAAUAGAUAACAUACUGGUUUACUGUACCUUGUGUUGAAUUAAAUAUUAAUCAUCAAA